AAAGGCAGGGCACAACUGUGGAAACUGUGCUGGGAGUUCCUGGUCUGAUCCAAGGUGCCUGGUCUGAUCGGGGUCCCAGGUGUGGACGGCUCUCUGCGUGCCCAUCUCCUCUCCUGCCCAGGAUUCUGGUGGGCAGUGAGGCAGCCAUGGGGUUACUGACUGGGGAGGCGCUGGUGCCCCUGGCUGUGGCCGUGGCCAUCUUCCUGCUCCUGGUGGACCUGAUGCACAGGCGCGUACACUGGGCCCCACGCUACCCACCAGGCCCCCUACCACUGCCCGGACUGGGCAACUUCCUGCAGCUGGACUUCAAUGACAUGCCAUACAGCUUCAGCAAGUUACGGGGCCGCUUCGGGAAUGUGUUCAGCGUGCAGCUGGCCUGGACGCCUGUGGUCGUGUUCAACGGGCUGACAGCUGUGCGGGAGGCGCUGGUACACUGUGGUGAGGACACCUCAGACCGCCCUCCUGUGCCCAUUAACGAGAAGGUGGGCUACGGGGCUCAGGCACAAGGUGUGGUCCUUGCGCGCUACGGGCCCGCGUGGCGCGAGCAGCGGCGCUUCUCGGUGUCCACCAUGCGGGACUUCGGCCUGGGCAGGAAGUCGCUGGAGCAGUGGGUGACCGAGGAGGCCGCCUGCCUCUGUGCCGCCUUCGCCGACCAUGCUGGACGCCCUUUCAGUCCAAACCUUCUCCUGAGCCAAGCGGUGUGCAACGUGAUCGCCUCCCUCACCCACGGGCGCCGCUUCGAGUACACAGACCCGACGUUCCACAAGCUCCUGGGGCUGGUGGAGGCCACACUUAAGCAGUCGGUCUUCCUCCAACAGGUAGUGAAUGAAUUCCCGGUGCUCCUGCACAUCCCGGGGCUGGUCCUGAAGGUCCUUCCGGCACAGAAGGCCCUCAUGGACCUGCUGGAUGAGCUGCUCACCGAGCACAGGCAGGGCUGGGACCCUGCCCAACCCCCCCGUGACCUGACCGAUGCCUUCCUGGGCGAAGUGGAGAAGGCCAAGGGGAACCCCGAGAGCAGUUUCAAUGAUGCCAACCUGCGCCUGGUGGUGGCCGACCUGUUCACCGCAGGGAUGGUGACCACCUCGAUCACGCUGUCCUGGGCCCUCCUGCUCAUGAUCCUGCACCCGGACGUGCAGCGUCGUGUCCACAGGGAGAUCGACGAGGUGAUAGGGCAGGGGCGCAGGCCUGAGAUGGCAGACCAGGGGCGCAUGCCCUUCACCACAGCCGUCAUCCACGAGGUGCAGCGCUUCGGGGACAUCAUCCCCCUGGGCGUGCCACACAUGACCUCUCGCGACACUGAGAUCCAGGGCUUCCUCAUCCCCAAGGGUACAACACUCAUGGUCAACCUGUCAUCGGUGCUGAAGGAUGAGACUGCUUGGGAGAAGCCCUUCCGCUUCCACCCGGAACACUUCCUGGAUGCCCAGGGCCGCUUCGUGAAGCCAGAAGCCUUUCUACCUUUCUCAGCAGGCCGCCGUGCAUGCCUCGGGGAGCCCCUGGCCCGCAUGGAGCUCUUCCUUUUCUUCACCUGCCUCCUGCAGCACUUCAGCUUCUCGGUGCCCGCCGGGCAGCCCCAGCCCAGUGACCAUGGGGUCUUUAACUUCUUGGUGACCCCAUCCCCCUACCAGCUCUGUGCCUUGCCCCGCUAGGGAGGUUCACCAGGACCCCAACCCCCAACCCACCCAGAGACCCUGAGCUACAAUAAACCAAUCUGGCAGCUCCCACCUCACUCUUCCUCCAGGUCCAGGUUGGGCUGAGGCCUCAGCUGCCUGCCUGGGGCCAGCCCCUGCCCCCUGCCCAAGUAUUUUUCAUUUCCCUUUCCAAAUGGCUCCAUUUGACAGAUGGAUAUACUGAGGCUCAAAGGGUGUCUGGUUUGCUUUCUCUUCCUCCCCACAUCACCCUUUGAGUCUGACUCUUGGCUGCCUGGUUUGAUAACAAGGAUGAUACAGUAGAGGUCUCAGUUCCUGGAAUGUCAGGCUGGGUAGAGAUAGGAAUGGACUACUGAGAAGACAGGCACAGUUGCUGGCUGGGGCUGGGGAGGGGCUGCACCAGUGGUCCGCAAGAACAUAUGAGACUGGGCAAUUUGCUAGAAGGACCUACAAAACCAGUAAAGCUCCUAUACUCAUAUCUCAUAGCUAGUGUGCUAUCAUGGCACACUGGAGCCAUUUUGUCCUCAGGGCCUGAGUGAGUUAGCACACGUGCUUUGCACCCAGAAUCAUUGGGUUCCUCAUACUACAGUGGAUGAGUGCUAGUUGCACCUGGAUGUGAUUUCGUUGGUGUGUGCCACAGGGCGUCCCAUGGCCAUGGAGACUCAGGGUGGGUCUGUGCCCCAGGGGAGUUCAGACCACCUCCCUGCUCUUGUCCCAUAAGAAAGCCAGUCCUGUUUACUAGCUUUCCAUCCUCCCAACAGCUUCUCUCAAUUUGUGCACAGGGCACUGUGGCAUGCUGGGUGUGCCACUCUUAUGGCCUGUACCAAGCAACCAAGUCCCUUUGUAAGCAGACACCAGGGUUUAUAGUCACCCAGUGAUUGGCCUGCUGUGACCCAAAGGUCCUCACAGAUUCCUGCCAAAUGAUACCCUCUGUAGUGUCUGUAACCUGAAUGAUGACAGUCAAAAAAUAUGAGCACAUUUGUGGAGUUCCAAAAAAACUUCAACAGUUGGUCCACUUAGCAUCAUUUUGUGUGACCAGGAUGAUGCCAUGCAGGUCUGCAGUCUUCCUUCCAACCUUGUCAGGGUCCAAAAGAAGGAGCGAGCUUGGUGAACAUGACUUCAUCUUUUUGGGCAUCCUGCAGAAUUAUGCCAAGAGUCAGCAUUAUUCUCCUCCUCUGCAUCUCCCUCAAGACACCAAUGUAACACUGUACUUCCCUCAUCACCUGACCCAUUUAUUUCUUUCCUUCCCCCUUGGCUACUAUCAUACUUCUCUCCAUUUGACACUGAUUUUUACCUAUAUGUGUCCACCUUGGGAAGGAGCAUUGGAUUGCCCACUGUGCUGGUCCAGGUUGGUGGCAGUGAGGCCCUGAGCCUUCCCUCGGUCCCCUCCCUGCAUGUUGAAUAGGGUCACUUAGACACAAACCAGCAGGCCAUCCUCUGCAAGGCAGGACAGCAGCUCUCACUGUAACCCCAACCUUUCCAGAUAGGGCCAAGGCACAGUCUGCCCCAACAGGCCAUUAAGGGUUCCUCCUGAAGGCACAAUGUUGCAGCUCACAGCUUCUUGCUUAGGGACUGCUACACCUGUAGGAAAAAAGGAUGUUGAAGUCAUGUGAGAAGAAUUGGAUACCAGGCCAUACCAGCACCUGACACCUUCCUCCCUGGAUCAUCCAAAAAAGUGGAGGAAUUUAUCAAGACACUGUCCUGUGGUCCCCUCAAAUGUGAGCACACUUUCAUGAAUGCAUGUUAGCCAGUCCUUCAUGCUUUUAGUGCUCCCUGUUUUAGGUAACAAAUAUCUUAGUUGUCUGUUUCACUCCUCUUUCAAACCACUUCCACCCUGAGGAUGAAAUGGAACCUGCAGCAUCCAUCUGAGGAGGUAGCUCUUGCCCACUGAUGAACACUAUGGGCUGAAAAGUGUGUGUUAGACAAAACUCCCCACCCCCAAUAUAACUGCUCUGAUGUCAACUCCUUAUCUUUCCCUGAACACAUCAAUCCCCUGACAUCAACUCCUUAUCUUACAUGCCCUGAGCAAGCCAAUCCCCUGAUGUCAACUCCUUACUUCUCUAUGUUAACCAACCCCCCUCCCAAAAGCUAUAAAAUUGUAUUCCCCUCUUUGCUUGGGAAUGUCGCACUUUUUUGGCUUUAGCCCACCUGUGCAUAAAUAAAACUUCCUCCAAUCAA